GGCUGCCUGGCACUCAGGGGAUGCUUUGAACUCGGGGGGCUGUGUCACUCUUGGACCCCCACUUGCAGAGGCAUCGAUUAUGUCCAGUGACCACCUGAACAGCAGCACACUGCAGGAGGCUCAGUUUAAAGACCUGUUCUUAAGAAAAGCGGAGCUGGAAUUUGCCCAGAUCAUCAUCAUUGUCGUGGUGGUCACAGUGAUGGUCGUGGUGAUCGUCUGCCUGCUGAAUCACUACAAAGUCUCCACGCGCUCCUUCAUCCACCGCCCAGGCCAGGGCAGGCAGCAGGAGGACGGGCUGCAGCAGGAAGGCUGCCUGUGGCCUUCAGACAGCUCCGUGCCACAGCCAGGGCCCUCUGAGAUCAUGUAUGCCCCACGGUCCAGGGACCGGUUCACUGCCCCGUCCUUUAUCCAGAGGGAUCGAUUUAGCCGCUUCCAGCCCACCUACCCCUACGUGCAGCACGAGAUUGACCUUCCUCCCACCAUCUCCCUGUCUGAUGGCGAAGAGCCGCCUCCUUACCAGGGGCCCUGCACGCUGCAGCUCCGAGACCCUGAACAGCAGAUGGAGCUCAACCGGGAGUCUGUGAGGGCCCCACCCAACCGGACCAUAUUUGACAGUGAUUUGAUAGAUAUUUCCAUGUACAGCGGGGGCCCGUGCCCACCAAGUAGCAACUCGGGCAUCAGCGCAACCACCUGCAGCAGUAAUGGGAGGAUGGAGGGGCCACCCCCUACAUACAGUGAGGUGAUGGGCCACCACCCAGGGUCUUCUUUCCUCUACCACCAGCGCAGCAAUGCACAGAGAGGCAGCAGACUGCAGCUGCAGCAGAGCAAUUCGGAGAGCACAAUAGUACCCAUCAAAGGCAAGGAUAGGAAGCCUGGGAACCUGGUCUGAUUCCCUCCGACAUGCAUGUGAAUCACAGAGCGAGAAACCAAGGAGGGAAGAGGCCCUGGGGGCCCUCCUGAGCAGUGCUGUUCAGUCUUAACGUGGUACAGCUAAGUAAAACACACGAGCAAACCAGUCUUUGUUUCCGAUUCCUUUUGGGGGAAUUGCAUGCAAACGAGACUGAAAAGAUACAAACUUCCAUCUUGUCUGACCGUGAACAGUGUUUAUCUGGGGACAGGGGUUGGGAUCGGGGAGUGGUCAGGGAAAACAGAAAGAGAUGCUUUGAAGAUAUCAUGAAAUAAAACCCACAGAGGUAUUUGACUUAUUUAAUUCUGAAGGGAGACUUUGCAGAUAAAUGAGGCCGGAGUGGCCUGUUUUAUAAUAAACUGAAUAAAGAAGGAAGCAUUAUUCUAUAUUAUCAUGGGGAAGAAUCAGCCAGUUUGCUUUUUCCCAAGGUGUGGAACUUUUAUUUUGUUUUAAAAAUAUGAAAUCAAAAUUCCUGUUUUGUGUGCCAAGGUAUAAAGUGGAGAAGUUAAAUGAAUGCAAGGAGCUAAUUUGUGUUGUGAUGAUGUGUUUCAAAGGUUGCACUAUCUUAAUGUUUGAAUAUAUAUGAGGGAACUGUUGUAUGGGAAGUUCUGUAUGUUGUCUUUUCACCUGUGGAUUGUUACUAGGCCCAAGGAAUGUCCUGGAGUGUACCCCAGACUCAUAUAAGAUCACUGGGGGUGUAGCCUAAUACUUACCAACUUGCGUAAAUCAAAAAGGUCAUUGUUGCAAAAAAUUGCAGCAAAUAGCAAUGCAUUGCUGAAGUAUUUGGAAACUUUUAGAUGGGAGAUAGGAAAUACUAGUAAGUCUCAGCAUUUCUGACUUGUUAUUUGAGUUACUCUGCUACUUGUAGGCUGCGUAUUUUAUUGAAAAUAAAUCUGACACAUGUGUUUCAAUAUCCAGUAUCCUACAGUGCUGCCCUCACCCUCCAGCAGUGCCAUUUCUUCAGUAAUUUAGAUUUUUUUCUUUCACCAUAACAUGACAUUUAUUCAGAUACUUACCUUACUUUAUGCAAUAAAUUGUUUAAAAUGCAA